AUUAGAAGUACAUCAUUGUAGAAAUGUUUGCAAUGACUUGUCAAAAUACAAGUUAGUCACUUCAACUAAAUAAAUUCUAAAUGAAUACAGAGAAAGUAGCUUGCUUUAUAUUUUAUAGUGUUUCUGUGACAAGAUGUCUGUUCCACUUAAACCUGAACACCUGGAGCAACUGAAAGUAUUUGUUGACAUGUGCAUGAAAAAUCCUGAAAUAUUACACCAAUCAGAGCUCUCUUUUGUGAAGACUUUUAUAGAACACUUUGGAGGACAAAUACCGGAAGUUAAAAAAGAUGAAACACCGAGCAAAGAACCAGAGCAACCGAAAGAACCAGAACCAGAAGCUGAACCAGAAAGCGAAGAAAGUGAUUUAGAACUGGAUAUGUCUGAAGUUGUUGAACCAGACACAGAUGCUCCACAAAGCAUGGGUGAUCCUACCUUACAACCAACAGAAGAAGAUGUCACAGAGUCUCAAAAUAAACGUGCAGAAGCUGUAUCAGCAAUCGCAGAAAAAGACUAUGAGCGUGCAAUAGAACUGUACACAAAAGCCAUUGAGCUGAAUCCCCAAUCGUCUAUGAUUUAUGCGAAACGUGGACAAGCAUUUCUGCUGAUGAAUAAGCCUAAUGCUUGUAUACGUGACUGCAAUCUUGCUUUGGAGUUGAAUCCAGAUAAUGCAGCGGCUCAUAAAUUUAGAGGAAGAGCCUAUCACUUGCUUGGAAAGUUCGAGGAAGCUGUCAGUGACCUAAGACUGGCAUGUAAAUUCGACUUUGACGAACAGGCUGAUGAAUGGUUGCGCAAAGUUACACCGAACGCCCGCAAGAUCGAGGAGCACAAGAGGAAGAAAGAGCGCAAGGCGGAGGAGAAAUUGGAACGCGAGAAGCAGGAGAGGCUGAAGAGAGCACGGGAGAGCGCGAAAACUCAAGAAGACAGCACCCGCAGCUCUCAGAGCAAGCCUAGCGAUGACAUGGGCGGUUUUUACAAGUUCCUCUACGACAACGAGCUUCUCGAAGCUUUCAAGGAUCCCGAAGUGGCAGAGGCGUUCAACGACUUAUCCACGAAGCCGAUGAACAUACUGAAGUACCAGAACAACCCGAAAAUAAUGGCGCUCAUCGACAAGAUGGCCACGAAGUUCGACGCUGUCGGUACUGGAAGAAUGGGCGGCAUGCCGGGCUUCCCCGGAGCGGCCGCGGCGGCCGCAGCAGCGGCAGGAGCAGCCGGGGCUGCUGGAGCAACGCCGACGAGCACCCCGAUGCCCCCGCAACCCCAGGACGACGUUGGACUCGAUUAAACGGUCGAACCACCGAGACGGCAGUGCCCGGACUUUCAAACACCCCGUUUAACGCAUUGCGUACCGGCUAAUUUUCAGAAAACUGAGUUGUGCGGAUAGCAAUUUUCACUGAGGUCAACUUAUAUCACUAUACAUAGAAAAACUCAGAUAUCGUAUUGUUAUGUAAUAUAUUUUAAAUGGAUCAAUUCGAAUUAAAUUUUAAAUUUUUUCAAUGCUGUGGUAAUUACCGAAGUUGCACAGCUAAGUGUCUUUACAUAAAAACGAGAUUUCUCGUUACCGGUGCGCAAUGCGUUAAUAAUAGAACUACCGACCACUCGAACAUUUUCCACAUUUUUUAAUGAAAGCCACGAACGUGGGUUCAUUAACCCUUUGCACUCGAGAGAUUCUCGCUCGAGAUAUCCGAUACGUUCUAAUUAGAUGUAGCGAGAUACUUUGAAAUCAAUUUAUUAACACUAGGUCUACGGAACGCGUCAAUUUCGCGCAGAUUGAAUUUUAUAAACAUUAUUUGGUAAAUGUCUUAAUCGGUUUUCGUUGAUCCAAUUACACGAAUAUGAAUCCUGAUUGUCUACAUCUACAGUUUCAAUCAUCUGGCGACUGGGAGUCUUUCGAGUGCAAAGGGUUAAGACAUCAAUUGGCUUGAAUCUCGAUUUGGGUAUCGCUGAGUCGGCUUCUUUAAUCGUAUCUCGAAAAGGUGUCUACCUUUUCAGUAAUUGCACAGGAAGAGAUCGAGGAAUCGCUGUGAUCCUCGCGGUAGUUCUAGUGUUAACUUACCUUUUUGUCCCCUACUUAAGUUGCCAGUUAAUUAUGUUAGAUUCCACCACUUAGAUUGGAAUUCGGUAGAGCACUGCGUGAGUUAUAUUUGCCUGGUUUCGCGAUGCUUGAAAUUAGUUGAUUGUUUUUACGAAAUGCGCGUUGUUUUUGUCGUUAAUGUAGUGCUGCGUCCUGUAGAGUAAGACGGGACGAGGAAGAGAUUUUUAGGAUGUCGAGUAUGUCGGUUUGCGAUUUCAAUUAUACGUGGGAAACGUUAUUCCAAGCUAAGUGGUUCAGGAGACCAACGCGUCUCGUAGAAGUACGUUUGAAGGAAUAUCUACCAAGAUUGAUAAUUAAGAGAUUUGAACAGUCCCAGGCAUCGCUGUCCGCGAAGUCGUCGAGAACGUCCGUCUCCUGAGGGCUAAUGCCGAUUGGAAACUGCUCCAUUUAUCUUUGUUCCUGGUGACCCUUGUACCGCACAUCUGGCCUCUUCAUACUGAAUUCAAUCAGUGCUGGAAUAUACAAAGACGCGCAAAUUAUCGGAUUCAGUGUAGACCCUUUGACGGUCCAUUUUUUACAGAUGUCCCAGGGUGAAACGUUUAACCGUGUCAGCAGAAUUGAUUUGUAAGCUGCUUAUUGUAUAGAAAAAUGUUUGACUGUAAAAAAAGUGAUGUACUCGAUGCCAAAUAACUUUCGUUUGAAACAUUGUUUUCUGCAGCGGUUUACAGGUGAAUUCAAGUGACACGGUUAAAUGAUUUAACCUGUACACGUGUGUCGAGAAUCUAUUGUAGAAAGUUAUCUGUAACAUUUGUUUCGUAGCUUGAACGUUACUGUGCUAGAGUCAAAUUAUUCUUGUACUUAUCACCGUAUUCGAGAUUAGAUUAAAUAGUUGAUUGCACCAGAUUGUUGAUCGAACACAGAGGAAUUAAGUAUUAGCAACGCGUGAACGUCGAGUAGACUGUACUCACUUUUGUAGUCUCGAGUCUGAUAAUUUGCACGUCUUCGUCGCUCGAUAUAAUAAGUCUCUGUUCGGAAGAAUUCAUCCAGAGCUGGAAUCUAGUAAUUAUUCCUCCGUUUUCAUCGAAUGUACGAACCAUAUAUUUUGAGUAGAUUCAAAUUCCAGACUUACGGGAAAGAAGUGUGAUUAAUGAUACCGAGGUAGAGACUCGAUGCGAUAUUUUAAAUAUGAUAUAAAUAUUGAUACUCGUUAGGUAACGUCCAGUUGUAAUUCUCGAAUAAUAAUUAAUACAGCCCCUGAUCGGGGGAAACGAUCGCGCUAUGUUCCAGCUUUGUCUCGUUUCGGCAAACGUUCGUUCAUGUUCGCGGAGAAAGAACAACACGAUCGUUCGGUUUCCAUUUCGUUUCUCUUGUUAUCUAUUCUACGAUAUCGAACGCAUUAUAGAUUAAGCGACAGCAGAGUUCGCUCCCACGAUACUUUGUCCUUUUUUAUAAUUUUUUAAUCCUUUUAAUUUUCCUAAGUGUUAAUCCUAUCCUCCGCGUUUGGAUGUCAUGUGAUAAAUCGUCGU